ACCCAGCAGCCGCAUCAUUGAGGCACUGGCAUUUUGCAAAUGAGCAACCAGCUUUCAGCUCAAUGGCUGCCACAGCAACGCCACUACCUGAAUCAGUCGUUCAGCAAUUUCGCGAACUUGAUCGCGUCCGACGGGAACAGGACGUCGUUGUGAAGAAGAUUAAUAAAAUCCACUCUAAGUUAAGCCAAACCCCACGAGAGACGGCAGAACGCUUUGGUGAGAAGCUUUGGAUAAAGCUACGGGGAUUCUACGUGGAGGCCAAACGUCUUGCAGAUCUUGAAGAAAGUCUCUGUACGUCCUGCAUCCGAGAAAUCGAUCCAUCACAAGUCUCUGUUUCUUCAGCGCCCCACGGGACCAAAAAAAAAUCAGAUGGCCCUUUGGAAGGAGGGAGGAAGAAGCGCCAACGCACCAGUCCUGUCGUUGAUGGAGCAGCUGGGGGGGAAGGUGGUCCAGGGAGUGCUGCAGGGCUGAACUCAUCUGCUGCUGGCCUCAAUGAUGGUCCUUCUGCACCGUCGCCGGUUUCCCUGACACGGGUUGUGGUGGGAGAACAGGUGGCUGCACGUGUGUCUGCCACUGAGGAUGGCAAGGAUGAGUGGAUAGUUGUGAAGGUGCUGCGCAUUGACCGGGAAGCAAACAGGUUUGAUGUACUUGACGAGGAGCCAGGAGAGGAGGAUGAAGGCGGUCAAAGGAAGUACCGUCUGUCUGGCUCAUGCAUCAUCCCCUUCCACAAGCGCAACGAGUGGAUGUCCGCCUCGGACUUCCCUCCUGGCUCCAGAGUGCUCGCGGUGUUCCCCAGCACCACUGCCCUUUACCAAGCCACAGUCGUUGGGCAACCACGCAAGCGGAAAAGCGACGACUACUCAUUGGAGUUUGAUGACGAUGAAGAGGAGGGCAUACAGGGCGUGCCGCGCCGAACUGUCCCAUUCAAUCAUGUUGUUGCACUCCCACCCCCUAACCCAAGGGCAUACAUUAACCGGCAAUAGCCAACUGUUGUCAGGUUAAGGAAAGUUAGUCAACCCAUGCUAUACUCUAUCAGUAUAUUAUUAUGUCUGCAUUGCCAGUAGGUCCAUCAAAGCCACUACGGCGGUGAUACGAACAUGCUCAAGCUUAUGCUUGAGCCUUUGUAUAUCGCUAAGGUACAUGACAGCAAUCUGGAUCUGUACAGCAGGCUCCACUAUCAUGUUCU